AUGGCUGGUCUGACACUAGUCUCUCUUCUUCUCGGUGCGAGCGUUCUCGUCUCUGCUGCCCCAUCAACACUUUCGACCCGACAAAGCUGCACAUUUACCGAUGCUGCUACUGCCAUCAAGAACAAAGCCUCAUGCUCUACUAUCAUUCUCAAUGGAAUUGCAGUCCCUGCUGGAGUCACCUUGGAUUUGACAGGGCUCAAUAAGGGCACUACCGUCACUUUCCAGGGUCACACAACCUUCGCCCACCAGGCCUUGUUUGCAGGCCCUCUCAUUUCGAUUUCUGGAACUGGUCUUGUGGUCAACGGUGCCACAGGUCACGUUAUUGAUGGAGGUGGUGCAGCGUAUUGGGAUGGCACGGGCUCCAACGGAGAAACAAAGCCCAAGUUUUUCUUCGCACACAACAUGAUUUCGUCAACUAUUAGUAAUCUCAAUGUCUUGAACACACCUGUUCAGGCCUUUUCGAUCAGCAAUUCGCAGCAGCUAACCCUUGAUCACAUCACUAUCGACAACAGUGCAGGGGAUGUGGGCAACCUCGGGCACAACACAGAUGCGUUUGACGUCGGCGAGUCCUCUGGUAUUUUCAUCACCAACUGCAACGUCAAGAACCAAGACGACUGCCUUGCAGUCAACUCCGGCACUAAUAUUCACUUCAUCAACAAUAUAUGCUCAGGCGGGCAUGGAAUCUCUAUUGGAUCCGUUGGCCUACGCAAAAACAAUGUAGUCAAGACCGUUAUCGUCUCCGGAUGCACCAUUAUCAACUCUCAGAACGGUGUACGCAUCAAGACGAUCUCAGGCGCUACCGGCUCUGUCUCUGAUAUCACAUAUAAGGAUAUCACCCUACAGAAGAUAACCCAGUUCGGCGUCGUCAUCCGACAGGACUAUCUCAACGGAGGACCCACGCUCAAUCCCACCAAUGGCGUCCCCAUUACUGGCCUGAUUAUCGAAAAUGUCAAGGGCACUGUCACUUCAAGUGGCCAAGACUACUUUGUUCUCUGCGGUGAGGGCAGCUGCUCUGACUGGACAUGGACCGGCAACAGCAUCACUGGUGGCGGAAAACCAUCCAACUGCACACGCACGCCCAAGGGUAUUUCAUGCCCCGCCUAA